AGAGAGAGAGAGAGAGACAUCCACACACAAAGGUUUAAUGUUUGACAGGGGGAAUGAAAGAAAAGCAUGGAGUGACAGAGAGAGAGAGAGAGGCACACACACAGAGACCAGCGUGCAGGAACAGCCAAGGAUGCAGGCACAGAUGAAGGAGGCAAAUUAUUUCCCAAAAAUGUCACUGCCUUUAAUUUAAAGGAAACCCCUCAAAUUCUGGAUGAAAAUCAUCACAAGCUUGCAAGUAAAUGCAAAAGAGAAGAUAAGGUGCUGGCAAGAAGCACAUGAAGAAAAACAGUUGUUUUCUUGUAUGAUCCGUUGAAACACAAAGGAAAAUAUUUCAGAUUAUAAAUGCUUUCUUAUGAACUGUUACACGCAUUUGCAGAAUCGUCUUGGGAUGAGAUACCCUCACUUUCCUAAAGGAUAUCAUCCACGGUCAUCUCCGUACUUUUCGUACACUUUGGGCUGGCGGGGUUGACAUGCCGGGAUGGAGUGCAGACUCUGCCCCAGUUGACACACGUGCACACCAUCUUUUUUAUCGAUUUAAGAAACAAACAAACAAACAAGCAAGCAACAACAAAGGACGACCAAUGAAAGCUGAAGAGGAGACCAGAACGUGGCACUAACAAUCAGAUCCUGAAGAGCCGAGGAGUCGCGUCUGGAAAAAAACAAAUCUGAAGGAAUAAAAAAGGGCAGUGGAAAAGACACAAUCCUUUUGAAUUGCCAGUAUUUUGCGAAAUCCAGAACUGAGCAAGAGUCUAGUCUCUUUGGUGUUUCCCUCAGCUUGUUCACUUCAAACACUUCUCUCUCUCCCUCUCCCCCUCUCACUCUCACUCACUCAGUAAAAGGGAUCCUUCGUUAAAAAAAAAAAAAAAAACUCUUUAGAGAAGCAGUGCAAUGGCUUUCACGUUUGCUGCGUUCUGCUACAUGCUGACACUGGUCCUCUGCGCGGCACUUAUAUUCUUUGUAAUCUGGCAUAUUAUAGCCUUUGAUGAGCUGCGAAAUGACUUCAAGAACCCUAUUGACCAGAGCAACCCCACCAGAGCACGUGAGAGAAUACGCAACAUUGAGAGGAUUUGCAGCCUACUUCGCAAGCUUGUGGUUCCUGAAUAUUCCAUCCACGGCCUUAUCUGUCUGAUGUUUCUCUGUGCAGCGGAAUGGGUGACUUUGGGCCUUAAUAUUCCUCUGCUGUUUUACCAUCUGUGGAGGUAUUUCCAUCGUCCGGCAGAUGGUUCAGAAGUGAUGUAUGAUCCAGUAAGUGUAAUGAAUGCAGACAUCCUCAACUACUGCCAAAAAGAAUCUUGGUGCAAACUAGGCUUCUAUCUUCUCAGCUUCUUCUACUACCUUUAUAGCAUGGUAUAUACGCUGGUCAGUUUCUAAAAGGUGGAAGCUAUUCUCUGGAUCCAAGACACAAUUUCAGAAACUUCUUAUUGAAAAACAGAAAAAAAAAACUCCUAAUUUACUGGCCUCUGAGAAAGCUGUGAUGGGGCCAAUAUGUCCUCAGGGAAAGGUGAAAGGGACAAAUAACAAGACAAGGACAAACAAAUGAAUGCCUAGGACAUGCCAAGCAGGACUAUCAGGCAGUCUGUACCCCAAUUCUGCUGCCAAUACCUGAGGACGUCUGGUAUCCUGUAUACUCCUCCACCCUUUUCAAAUCUGCAAUCAGACAACAAUGGAGUAUAGCUAAGCCUUUCUAUUUAGCAAUUCACCUGGCCAUGAUGUCUACAUUCAAGCUGUACAAUUACAUUGCCACACUGAUGGAUAAGGUAGAUGAAGAAUCAAUCUACUUCAUUGUUUCAGGAUUUCCUGGGGUUAGAUGCUGGUGCGUCAAUGCUAUUUCUCAGUCAACUGCACUUUAAUUGUUUGUAUCAAGACAGCUCAGCUUAUUUCAACUGCAGGGCCACGCUGAACAACUGUAAAAGGAAAUGCACUAAUUGCUACACUCCCAGUCUCUGUGUGGCCUCUAGUGGAAAUUACCUCUAGCAUAGAUUUUGGGGACAAUUCAUUCUGUUCCUUGCUUUUGUUAUCGGGACUUAUUGGACAGAAAUAAACAGGGACAAACACAGUAAAAAUGGGAAUCUGACAUCUCGAAGCACAAACAACAGAACAUGCUAGAUUUGAAAUUUCCUCAUGAUUCUUUUUCUUGUAGAGCACCAUUGGUUAGUUUUGGUAAGUCAAACAGUUUGUAGGGAAGGGCAGUGCUGAAACAUUAGAGCAUUAACAGGCACAACAGUGAAUAUGUAGACAGGUAAUUAAAACACUAGUUUAGAAGACAUAACAGGGGGAAUGUCACUUGCACCAAAAAACCUCAGCAUUUGAGGCAUGGACAACAUUCCACAUAACAUGAGUAUCUUAAGUGAGUCUUGUGAACUGUCAAGGGGUCCAGGACUAAUUACUAAGACUCCCUUAAGGCAGAAUCACACAUUUGAAAAAAAAAAAAAAGCCUGGUCUCAUUAUUAAAGAGUGUGUGUUUGUGCGUAUCACUCUCUUUGGGGGUUUAUGUCCAUUUCCAUGGACAAGAACUGUUGUGCUUUAUUAUCAGACUGCCAGAAAAAAAAGGAAAGGUUGUAACAUCUAUUAAAUCUUCAACAUCAUCUAUUACAUUUUUCCAUAUCCUUUGCCCCCUUCAAAAUUUUUAUGCCUUCAAGUCCAAAUUUUAAAACAAGGGAAUCAACCUUUGUGCUGUUCACAGCUAUUCUUCUAAUGCUUCUUUCUACAGCUCACUUGUGCUUGCAUUAUAAACUGUACUUUUAACAUAAUGUUGUUUAAUUUGUAUUUCAUUGUCCAGCACAUGUACAAUAAUGGCCACUUUGCAUUUCCAUUCAAUUACUUAAAGCAUACAGAGCUUGCCAAAUUUAUUACGAGGAUUUCAACGACUAUAAUUCACAAGUGAAUUUAAGGACGAGUUUCAUUUCAUAUCUUUGUUACACUUUAUGGUUUUCUAUGUGCAAUAAUUUCUAUGUGUUACUGUAUUCUCUCACUUGGAUAUUAAGAAAAACCUACUGUGCUAAAUGGAAAUUCAGGGUAAUAUUGCAUAUUUGACUGGCAAGCCCUAUAUAGAGAAAAGAAGAGGUUCAAAAUGUAUGUGAGUGUUACUUGAUGCAUUCACAGCAAACUGUUAAAAUUGUUUACAAACCAGGAUAUUUAUUUUAUAAAUGCUAUAUUGUUGCUGUCCUUUGCAGAAAACAUAAAGAAAAAUCAAAGUUGUUCAGAAAUGAAAAUACACAGCCACUCAUGUAUGCUGUAAGCUAAAAACACAAAAAUCCUACUCAGAAUUUUAAUAUGAUGUCCAAGUCAAUCACCAAAUACCUGGCAUCACAAAUUCGAUUUUUUUGUUAUUUGCUACUUACUUUCAAAGCCAAUCGCUGAUUGUUACUCUUCAAAGGCUUUGGGUGCUUACAGGAUAAAGGUGAAAAAUCAGAAGGCAUUUAUGUAAAAGAGUGGAAAUUCAAAUAAAAAUCUCGAAGCAUCCUGCUCACAAUCCUGCCUUAGCACAUGGUGAAUUGUGAAAGCUGAAAAAAGAACUUGCAGGACAACACUUGGCAAGCAAAUGAUAUGAGAAUAACCACAUGCUCAAUCUUCAUUAUAUAAUUUCAUCAAAUAUUAACGUUUAUAAGACGUUUGUAUAAAAAUGUGAUCAUAGAUUGAAACAAUGCAUAUUUGACUGGGAGACAAAGUACUCUUUCAUAUUUUUAUCUUAUUUAUAAAAGGCUUUGUAUUUUUCCUUUUUGAACAACUCUUUAUAUAUAAAGUCAUAGGAAAAGUAAAUGCAACCUCCUUUCUAUGGUUUUACACAUCUAGACAUAAAGAACAAUUAUUCAGUCAUCGUCAAGUCCUAAAAUUAGAUAAAUCUCACUUUAGGUGACAAGCAAUAUAUAGCAGACUUACUUUAUCACUUUUUUUUCCAACAAAUAAAUAAGAUAAAAUCCCGAAGCCAUUAGAAAAAAAAAAAAGUAAGUACUCCCCACAAUUCAAUAACCUGUAGAGCCAUCUGUAGCAGCAAUAACUUAAAGCAAUCAUUUUCUGUAGGAGUUUAUCUCUCUCAUUAGACAAAUUUUGGUUACUUGCUUUUGUUCCUUGCUGUUGUUUAGCUGAACGGCACCCUUCAAUUCCCAGAACAGCAUCUCCACUAUGUGGAGAUGUGGAUUUUGACUUGACCACUCCAUACUCUUCAUUCCUGUGACUUUUUAGCCAUCUGUUGAUUUACUGGUGUGCCCAUCCUUUUCACCCUGUGAAAAUAGAUACUAAUUUGAAUAAAAUAUAGUUCAUUGUGGAAUCAAUAAUUGUUCUGACAGCUUCAAAACAACUCGAAAUCAUUAUUCCUUCAUCAAUGCGGUUAUGGGGUUCUUGUGACUAUACACUGCAUUUGGGUUUUGCCAAAGAUGCCGUUGUACCUAACAGAUAAACAACUCAACUUUGCUCUGUCUUUGCUGGAGAUAUUUUUCUAAAUGUCUCGUGGUUUAUUUAGAUUCUGUCUUGCAAAACUAUACCAUUCUACAGUGUCAUUUUGGCAUAGAAGGGUCUUUCUCCUGACUACCGUACCAUGAAAGCCAUACUUCUUAAGUCUUUUUGAGUUUUGUAACAAUUAAUGUGUUGUCAGAGGCUUGUAGAACUCUUGAUGUGGUCAUUGGUCUUUUUGCAUUACCUUUUCUAGUGUCAUUUCGGUCUGAUCUUUGAAUGAUCUCAUGUUGGAGCACCCAGUCCUUACAAGAUUGUUAGGUGCCUUUAGUGUUUUCCGAAGUCCUUCUCUUUGCAGAAUAAAAACCUCAGAUUUUUUUUUUAAAUGACCUCCUCAUCCUUCCUAGCUUGAUUAGCAAGAACAAUUGCUUUUCUAAGUUUGUUUCAGAUGUCUUUUGUCCUUGACAUUGUGCUGUGUUUCCACCAGGGGGAAUACAGCUCCCCAAACAAACUGAUCCAAUAAAGACAGAGCCCAAGUUCAGCAUACGACAAACAGGUUUAUUAUACAUGGGGAGGCGCUUGUCUUGUUUCCCACCUAUGUAACACAGUACAAUAAGCACAGUGACUAUAAAGACUUUCUUCCUUUCUCUCUCUCUUCUGUGUCUUCUCCGCCUCUAUUCCUCCUCCCGCAAGCUUCAUCCACCUCCUCUAAGCUCUUGCCCUCUGAAUGGAGUGAGGCUGCUCCUUUUAUAGAGCACCUGGAAGUGCUCCAGGUGUUCCACAAUCUCCUUCCGGCUGUACUUCUGGGUGUGAGGGCAGUCCUGCAGAGGAGGGCUCAGCUCUUGUCCAUGCACCCCCUGGCAAUGGCCACCGGUCCCAUCAGGGUUGAGCUUCCAUACUCCAAACCCAUGGCACCGUAUUACGCCAGGGGGAUGCCCUCUAUCAUCCUGUCCCCGUGCAAGCUAAGCUCCUUGCCCUGGUCCUUCCCUUGCAAAGGUGUCCCUGCUGGGUAAGAAUCCCAGUUGCCCAUUACAGCUGCUACAAAGUGAAAUGCUGCAAACUGGACUGAGAGAAGGUCAGCUUUUAUAGAGAAAUGGUAUUACUGAGUAAACACAAAGAAAUGCACUUGGUUAGAAACAUCUAGAUAUUAAGACCUUGCAAAUGAGGUGAAAUCAGAAAGUGUGUACUCUCUUGCACAUGCAUGUUGCAGUAAAUAAAAAAAUGAGAAAAUUAAAUCAGCUAAGGGUCAUUUGAAAUUAAAGUUACCUAAUUUUAGGACUUUGUGUUGGACUAGAUGAUUGUUAGUAUUAUAAAACCAUAGAAUUUAAAAUAGGUGUACUUACUUUUUUACAUGAGUGGAUAAGUAUUAUGCUAUAUAUGUAUACAGUAAAUCUCUAUAUUUUGUAUGUAAGCAUGUAUAUCUAUAUAUAUACACAUAUAUAGAAUUUAUAUAUACUGUAUAUGUGUAUAUAUAUAUAAAAUUACAGAUAGAUUGAAAUAUAUAUGCAGUAUAAUAUCUAAAUGAUGAGGAGCAACUCUGUUUGACAUUCCAAGCUGCAGACCUCCAAAUAUUUAAAAAAAAUAUAUAUUUUAUUUAUUUAACAAAAAUUAAGUUAAUUUAAGGUUUUAACUUUAUCAUAAUAAAAAUAAACCGGGCAAUUCCCAUGAGCUCUCAGAUCUGACCGUCUCACAUUAUAUCUCACUGGUGAGAUCAGUUAGCCUAUUGCCCACUGACGUUCCUCCAAAAAGAGUUCUCUCAAGGGCCUCACAUUCUUUCUUGCUUCCUCAGAAAAUUGUGGCUGCAUUACCUCCCUGACUGAUGAGCUUUUGUCCCAACUAAAGCUCUCAUUUGUUAACUCAGUAGGGCCCUUUUUUAAAAUCUCUUCAAGGAGUUCCUUUUGAAGAAAGGCCCCUAGACUAGAGUCACAGUCUGAAGGAACCAUCUUGUGAGCAUGCCCUCCGAUGGCCCUAGAUGUUACUGCACUCCCAAUUCUAUAUGUUUAAAGGACCAGAUAUCCUGGGUUAGUUCAGGGCUAGUAAAUGGCAGCCACAACAUUGUAGAUCUCCUUGAAGCCACCUACCGUAGUGGACUGGAGAAUGCAAUAGGUGUCCUGCCCUUCUAUCAGAAUUCCUGGUAAUGCUUUCUGGUGCCUUGAGGGAAUCGACUGCCUGUCCAAAAAGUGCUCUGUAUUGACACUGGUCAUGGCCACAUAUUAGGCCCCGUCCUUCUCACCAUAGUUUUUCUUUUACUGGUGCUUACCCCAUCAACAAAUGGUCUCUGUCAGGACUGCCCAUUGACUUAUAUCCUGUCAUUCAAUCCCUGACAAAUAAGCAAUUAACUUUACAUAUGAAGUGUUGAAGUAUCUAUAUUUGUUCCAAAUGAUGGUGUUGUUCAAGAUUGAUGUUGGUUAAAUGGAAAGACAAACAUAAAACCUUUUUUCUUAUUUUUGUAAUUCUCAUUGGCAAAUUUGUCAUCCACAGUGUCAAUAUUCGGGGCUCUGCACAAGCUGUUUAUAUGUGGUUUCUACUAUUUUGUAUUAGACAUUAGAGAGUGAUAUUUUCAAAAUAAAUUCUGAAAUAAAAAUAGGGAUUGUGUACUGCAA